GCUCAGUCCGCUCGCUAUGCCGCCCCGCCGUCGGAAUACACGUGCUCGCUUUACCCGCAAGGUAGACAUGCAAGUGUCAGAGUCGGAGGAAGAAAUGGACGUGGAGGGCGAGCAACCCACCAUUGAAACGGAGGAGCCAGAAGUGGCUGUAGACGAGGAGGAAGAGGCUGACGAACUCUCGGACAAGGAGGACGAGCUGGAAGACGACGAAGACGAAGGUUCGGACGUGGACGUCGAAGCUCCUGAUCCUGGUCCGAGUCUUCCCCCUCGCCUCAGGAUCAAGUUAAAGCUACCGCAACAGGCGAGCGAAGCUUCCAGUAUCGCUGCCACCGCUACUCCUACACCGGAUGGCACUUCGCGUCGUCGCAUUCUAUCGCGAGGGAGUGAUAUAGAAUCCGAAGAUUCUGACGAAGAUGACGGUGACUCCUCUGAAGAGACAACUGCCACACCAGGCCGGCCUUUGACUGCCCGGCAGGCUGUCCUCAGGAAUGUUGUAGACUCUUCUCAUGUAUCGCUUGCCGAGCCUCCUAACCCGCGGAAGAAGAAACCCCUCACUGAGCUUGAGAUAGCUUUGAAGCGGGAGGAGACUGCAAGGAAGCGCAAGAACCUGUCGGAGAAGAAGCUCGAGGACGAAAAGGCGGAGACCAUCAAUCGUCUACUCAAGAAGCAAUCACGCGCCAGAGGCAGACGUAAUGCGCUCUCUACAGCGGAGGAUCGACCUACACCAGGCGCUGGGAAUGGACAAGACGACAUGGAAGACGCUGAGGACACCGCCAGCCAGAUUCCUGUGCCUCCGACUAUGUAUCGCUGGGUGUCAACAACCAAGGUCCCCCCUGUGGAUGGUUCGGAUGAGAAACGCAUGCUGAUGACGUUUUCGGUGCCUGUUUCUAUGCUGUCGCCGCCAGCGGACGACUACAUCCACCCGACCCGUGCAGACCCACCACCAGCUCGUCCUUCUUGCGACGUUGAGGGCUGCAUGGUGCAGCGCAAAUACAGGCUGGUGAAGGACUGGCAGAGGGGUGCGUGUUCCAUGGCGCAUCUUAAAGCUCUCGAGGCAGCCUGAU